AGACGGUGCGGUCUCCUUGGUCAUUAACCUGGGGUCCGGGGCCUUCGAGGCCAUUGUGGAGCCGGUCAAUGGCAAAUUCAAUGACAACGCGUGGCAUGACGUUAAAGUGACACGCAACCUGCGGCAGGUGACAAUCUCUGUGGAUGGAAUCCUCACCACAACAGGUUACACACAAGAGGACUACACCAUGCUCGGCUCAGAUGACUUCUUCUAUGUAGGAGGGAGCCCCAGUACAGCAGAUUUACCUGGCUCUCCAGUCAGCAACAACUUCAUGGGCUGCCUCAAAGAGGUUGUUUAUAAGAAUAAUGACAUCCGUCUGGAACUGUCUCGCUUGGCAAGAAUUGGUGACACCAAGAUGAAGAUCUACGGGGAGGUGAAGUUCACAUGUGAGAAUGUGGCCACUUUGGAUCCCAUCAGUUUUGAGACCCCUGAGGCGUAUAUCAGCCUGCCCAAGUGGAACACCAAGCGAAUGGGCUCCAUCUCCUUUGACUUUCGUACCACUGAGCCUAAUGGACUAAUCCUCUUUACCCACGGCAAGCCCCAGGAGAGGAAGGAUGCCAGGAGCCAGAAGAAUACCAAGGUAGACUUCUUUGCAGUGGAGCUCUUAGAUGGGAACCUCUACUUGCUGCUUGACAUGGGCUCUGGCACUAUCAAGGUGAAGGCCACCCAGAAGAAAGCUAAUGAUGGAGAAUGGUACCAUGUGGAUAUCCAGCGAGAUGGUAGAUCAGGUACUAUAUCAGUGAACAGCCGGCGCACUCCAUUCACUGCCAGUGGGGAGAGUGAAAUCUUAGAUCUGGAAGGGGACAUGUACUUGGGCGGCCUGCCUGAGAAUCGGGCAGGCCUCAUCCUUCCCACAGAGCUGUGGACGGCCAUGCUGAACUAUGGCUAUGUAGGCUGCAUCCGGGACCUGUUCAUUGAUGGACGGAGCAAGAACAUCCGACAGCUGGCAGAGGCACAGAAUGCUGCAGGGGUCAAGUCCUCCUGCUCCCGCCUCAGCACCAAGCAGUGUGACAGUUACCCAUGCAAGAACAAUGCUGUUUGCAAGGAUGGUUGGAACCGCUUCAUCUGUGACUGCACUGGCACCGGUUACUGGGGUAGAACAUGUGAGCGAGAGGCUUCCAUCCUAAGCUACGACGGCAGCAUGUACAUGAAGAUCAUCAUGCCCAUGGUCAUGCACACAGAAGCAGAGGACGUAUCCUUCCGCUUCAUGUCCCAGCGUGCCUAUGGACUUUUAGUGGCCACCACCUCACGAGACUCUGCUGACACCCUGCGCCUGGAGCUGGAUGGAGGACGUGUCAAACUCAUGGUCAAUUUAGACUGUAUCAGGAUAAACUGUAACGCCAGCAAAGGACCUGAAACUCUCUAUGCUGGGCAAAAACUCAAUGACAAUGAGUGGCACACAGUCCGGGUGGUGCGACGAGGAAAAAGCCUCAAGUUGAUGGUGGAUGAUGAUGUUGCUGAGGGUACAAUGGUGGGAGAUCACACCCGCUUAGAGUUCCACAACAUUGAGACAGGAAUCAUGACAGAGAAGCGGUACAUCUCAGUCAUCCCCUCCAGCUUCAUCGGCCACCUCCAGAGCCUUAUGUUUAACGGGAUGCUCUACAUUGAUCUGUGCAAGAAUGGUGACAUUGACUACUGUGAGCUAAAAGCACGUUUUGGCCUCCGUAACAUCAUUGCUGAUCCAGUCACCUUCAAGACCAAAAGCAGCUACUUGAGCCUAGUCACCUUGCAGGCCUACACUUCCAUGCACCUCUUCUUUCAGUUCAAGACCACGUCGGCUGAUGGUUUCAUCCUCUUCAAUAGUGGUGAUGGCAAUGACUUCAUUGCAGUUGAACUGGUCAAGGGGUAUAUACAUUAUGUUUUUGACCUUGGCAAUGGCCCUAAUGUCAUCAAAGGCAACAGUGAUCGUCCCCUGAAUGACAACCAGUGGCACAAUGUCGUCAUCACCCGAGACAACAGUAAUACCCACAGCCUAAAGGUGGACACCAAGAUGGUCACUCAGGUUAUCAAUGGUGCCAAAAAUCUUGAUCUUAAAGGUGAUCUCUACAUUGCAGGCCUGGCUCAAGGCAUGUACAGCAACCUCCCGAAGCUAGUGGCCUCACGUGAUGGGUUUCAGGGCUGCCUAGCGUCAGUGGACUUGAAUGGGCGUUUGCCAGAUCUGAUCAAUGAUGCCCUCCAUCGCAGUGGGCAAAUAGAGCGUGGAUGUGAAGGACCAAGUACCACUUGCCAAGAAGAUUCCUGUGCUAAUCAAGGCAUCUGUAAUCAGCAGUGGGAAGGUUUCACCUGUGAUUGCUCCAUGACUUCAUAUUCAGGCAGCCAGUGCAAUGACCGUGGUAAUAUCGACCUGAGCAAGUUUUCCAUUCAACCUGCAGAAAGAAUGAACAGAUGACCAUGUCUCACAAAUUCGAUACAGAGAUUUGUUAACCGGCUGGAAGAAGAGGCUGUCAAAACGCCAAGCAGCAGAUGUCUCAAGUGCCGACGUACAUGCCCCCCUCAGUCCCAC